AUGCGUCGAAGUGCCGUUGUGGCGGCUUUAAAAGAACUCCAAGACAACAGUUCGGACCACACAAGAGAGUCGCCGCGGCAACUUGCAACUGGGGGUGGAUAUGGAAUUUUGCAAGAGCAGAAGCCCUUCAAGUCGCCUUUGCUGAAGAAGCGCGGUCCUGAUGCGUCCUUGCGCAAAAGGGCUCGCGUUAAUUACUCCGAAUUAAGUGGCGACAGUGUAGAUCAAAGUGGCAUAUAUAUCGAUGAGAUUGAAGGGCCGAGGAAAAAGAAGAGUCUAGAAGGCGUAUACAAGGGUAUCGAUGCGUCGGGUGUUUCAUUUAAUGCCGACCGACGUAAGUGGCAAGUUUUUCAUGCUGAUCCUCGGGCUAUAAAGCGCAAGUUCUCGAUACCGAGCAUCCGAAAUGAACGUGGCGAAGUAAUCGAGUCGCAACUCUCUCAUGCUGCAUUAGGUGUUAGAAGACCAGUAGAAGUGCCACCGCGUCCAUUACAUGAUCCCAUGAGUGAACAUUCAAUCGUGUUGUUCGAUCCUACUAUUGAUGACAAGGAUAUCGAGUCAGAGAGAGAAAAAUUACGCCUCGCAUUCGAAGAGCAACAAAAGAAAGAAGAAAAGCGUGGCCCUCACAAAAAUUUAGCGACAAUUCUUGGUAUUAACAAACCUCACAUGCCGAUUCGCGACAAAGUUCCAGUGGUCAUCGAUCCGCGUCUGGGUAAAAUUCUUAGACCUCAUCAGAUUGAAGGUGUUAAGUUUUUGUUUCGCUGCACGACAGGUAUGGUCUCAGAAAAUGCGCACGGAUGUAUUAUGGCAGAUGAGAUGGGACUGGGCAAGACGUUACAAUGCAUAACACUUUUAUGGACCUUGCUAAAGCAAUCACCAAAUGCUGGUAAGAGCACAAUUCAAAAAGCAAUAGUUGUUUGUCCUUCAAGCUUGGUUCGAAACUGGGCGAACGAACUAGUCAAGUGGCUGGGUGCAUCCGCGCCGGGUUCGUUGGCACUCGAUGGACGGCUAAGUCGUGAGCAAAUGUUUGAGUCAGUGCAGCGCUGGGCUGACUGCUCCGGACGCGCGAUUGUUCAUCCAGUCAUGAUUGUAUCGUAUGAAACACUCCGGAACUUGCAAGAACUUUUAGGUAAUACGGAAAUUGGUCUUCUGCUGUGUGACGAAGGGCACAGACUCAAAAAUGCAGACUCCAUGACCUUUCAGUCCCUGGCCAUGCUCAAAGUGAAAAGGCGCGUUAUUUUGUCGGGAACGCCUAUCCAAAAUGAUCUCUCUGAAUACUUUGCACUAAUUAAUUUUGCUAUCCCUGACAUGUUGGGGAACCGGAAUGAGUUUCGCAAGCAUUUUGAGCUCGAUAUUCUGCGCGGUCGCGAUGCUGGCGCAACGGAAAAGGAAAAAGAAGUUGGUCGUGAGAAGCUCCAGCAACUUUCUGGCAUGGUUAGCCCCUUUAUCAUUCGCCGCACCAAUGACAUCUUGUCGAAAUAUCUGCCUGUGAAAUAUGAGCAUGUUGUCUUUUGUCGGCUGUCUCCGUUCCAAGUUGAUUUGUACAAUCUUUUUCUACGAUCGCCUGUUAUCGCCAGGCUUCUUCGUGGAAUAGGCUCUCAGCCGCUGAAGGCGAUUGGAAUUUUGAAAAAGUUAUGCAACCACCCUGAUUUACUGAACCUGCCCGCUGAUCUCGAGGGAAGUGAAGAACUAUAUCCUGAGGGAUACAGACCUGGUGAUCGCCGCAAUGUGGCUGUGGGUCUAUCUGGCAAGUUGGCAGUGCUGGAAAGAUUUCUUACGUCAAUGCGAGCAAAGACAGAUGAUAAAAUUGUACUUAUUAGCAAUUACACACAAACGCUUGAUCUCUUUGAACGACUGUGUCGAAGCCGUCGCUGGGGUUUCUUUCGACUAGACGGGACUAUGAAUAUUAACAAACGUCAAAACCUUGUGGACCGAUUCAACAAUCCGGAAGGUUCUGAGUUUAUUUUUCUUCUCAGCUCUAAAGCUGGUGGAUGUGGCCUGAAUCUAAUCGGUGCAAAUCGACUCGUCUUAUUUGACCCGGACUGGAACCCUGCAUCUGAUCAGCAAGCUCUUGCGCGUGUCUGGCGCGAUGGCCAGAAAAAAUCAUGUACGUAUGCACUAGUCUUUUUUUUCGCUAACAAGGUGUAA